AUGACGCGCACCACUUCUGUUGAAGAUGUCAAAUUUGAGAUCCCCACGUGGGAGAACACGAAUGUUGAUGUCGCUGACGGCAGCGGCCGACCAGAAUCCAGUGCCAGCGGCGACACAAUUCGUCCAAAAGGUCGCAUACGACGAUCAAUGACGGCCUGUAAUACUUGUCGCAAGCUGAAGACCCGGUGCGAUUUAGAUCCACGCGGUCAUGCUUGCCGCCGCUGUCUCUCCUUGAGGAUAGAGUGCAAGCUGCCUGAGACAGCUGAGCGCUUUCAAGAUAAUGCUUCAAUGUGGUCGGAUGCAACGGCAGCUAUUCCGUCCAUUGAAGAGCGCCUCAACUCGCUGGAACGAAGUAUGACAGAAAUGACCAGCAUGAUGCGGCAGAUGAUGGACCGGUCGCCCAGUAUAUCUGGCAGCUCGGUAUCCGUGUUGACAAGGAGUGGUAUCACCGACGAGACCGCUUCGAUCGAAGGAAGUCAAUCGUCUUCCUUCGCUCCUAGACCUAUCCGUCUCAUUCAGGACCUGCAGUCGGACUUCAUGGGAGAAGCAAAUGUCCUACCUGCGGAUUCGAGGUCACUCGGUGAUCCUUUCACCAAGGGAAUCAUCGACCCUAAAUUAUCUCAGAAACUAAUUCAAUUGUUUGUUGAUCAUUUUGGGGUCUGGAUCUCGAUCGACAAUCCGUCCGAUCUUCAUAAUGAGUUGAGAGCUGCAGAUCCGCUGCUCUAUAGUACAGCUUGUCUACUAGCCUCUCGCUAUGUCCCCGGUAUACCGUCAUCCGUAAUCCAUGCUAUGUAUCUUCAGAUACGGCAUGCAGCAGUCAACGUCCUCUGGAACAAUCCACCUCUCAAGCACGAGACUCUUCAGGCUCUUACCCUUCUUGCGCUAUGGCCAACAGCAGUGCAAAAGGAGACUCCCAUUGAUAGUUGGUUGCUGAGCGGGAUCUCGAUCAACCACGCUAUCAUUUCCUUUGACUUUCUCAACCAUGCUCCUGCCGAGCUUAUUGUGGACAAUGACAUGGUUGCGAAACUACGCUUGUGGAAUGCUCUAUGCCUGACUCAGUUACAGUCUGCCAUUGGAAACGCUCGUCCCUUUCACAUACAGCAGAGGUACCUCGAGCAUUGUCCACGACUUCUUGAGCACCCAGCUGCUACAUUUGAAGAUGGAAAAAUUGUAGCGGAGAUCCAGUUAUAUCUGAUCGCGCUAAAGCUGCAGAAUUUUAGCCACCGUAUGCGGCUGGGAGACUUCGAAUACGAGGGAAUCGAACGCUGGAAGAUGGAGUGGGCACAUCUCUUAAAGCUUAGCCUCAUGUAUUGCCAGCUACUACUUUAUCGAACCGCAAUGAGGUUUCAUUGGGAGUCCGAACACCUCAUCUCAGAAAUCCUUCGUAAUUCGCGCCUCAUCCUCUCAAGAUUCCUAUUGGUCCGGUUUCCAAACGCACUCGCCUUCCCGGAUCAGAUAUACUACAUUGUGGGCUACGCCGCCCUGAAUCUCUGCGACUUUAGCCCGAUGGAUCCGCUUAUCGACCAGGUCCGAACCUUCCUUCUCCAUUUGUCACCGAACGAAGAUCACAUUGCCUACCGCUUCUCAUAUACAAUCACAGAGCUCAAGCGGCGGUGCGCAGCAGGUCCUAACCCCAAUAGUGCAGUCAAAGGUGCGUUCGGGGAUACUCGCAAACUGAGCAUGGGGCAGCAGAUACCAUUCAUGAAUCCACUCAUGGAUACCAUGAUGGGGGAGUAUGGUGGCUUGGAGCAUCUCUUGCCCGAAGUUCCUCCGCACUCCUUACCCGAUAUGCUCACCAGUGUAGCCGGUGAGCUGCAAGCGUUUCGUGCAGCGAUACUUUGA